AUGGAACUCGGACCAAAUAAUUCCAUCCUUGCCAACUCGUUACCUUGUGGAGUCGUAAAAUGUGGCACAGACGACGAGGGCCACGAGGCAUAUGUGGCACGUGUCAGUAAAGGCUCGGAACUUCUACCGGCGAGCUAUAUUCCUGAUAAGAAAGCCGCCUGGACAUGCUAUGGCUCCGGAGCUUAUUGGCUUACGGAGUACGUCGAAGUACUCGUACUGGACGACUGUGAUAUUAAAUGGGUGCGUGGUGAGGAUGGUAGCUAUCCGCCGGAUGCCAUCCCAACUGGAUUCUCUGAUGACGGGGAAGUAACCUACACGGGACGUGCCACUUUCCGAGGUUUACUAAAAAUUGGAAUAGUGCAUCCAUCAGAGGAGACGAUGUUCAUCGCCCAUCAGCAAAGAGCAAGAUGCAUCCGCUGUUAUGACGUGCUGGUGAUGACUCCCCGGGAACCUGUGGAUCGUUAA